AUGCUUCAUUAUCACUUGAUAUCAUCAACACCAUCCUUACUGUGGAUUCCUGAACGUUCAUCAAGUACAUUCCAGCGUUAUCCACAUGUGGAGACUAAUUAUCUGGAUCUUAGUAUCAAUGGCACGCUCUUUACUCAAAAGUUACAAGCUGAACAGACGGUGGACAAACAGAACAAGAAUUUCAAGGUCUUUCAACAGAAUGAGGAACUCGAGAACAAUAUUGCCAAGGAGAUUACGACAUUUGUUCGUUCGUGCCAAGAAAAAAGUGGCUAUUUUGUUGACCAUCGUGCGCAAGGUGGAAGGUUUUUGCCAGCUGUAUCAGUGAGAUCUACGGAUGAAGUUUGGUCGAAGCUAGAGAUGAUUCCGAUCGUUGCAGUCUUGGCCUUUGCUGCUUUUGUUGUGUACGAGAACCGAGAUGUUGUGCAUGGAGUCAUUUGUACACGAUGUUUCUGGUUUCUAGUUUGCUCGGGAGUUAUCUUUGUUGCGUUGAGUGGACUUUUCCAUUCGAUCAUUCACCGUCGAGCUUGGUAUUAUUUUGGUCAAACACACGGUUUCGUGUUUGUUUACCCGAGUCCACAACGACAGUUUGUGUUGGAAGGUUUGGUAAAUGGUACAUGGAGCUUCUGGUGGUCUCUCGCAGGAAUGAGCAUUUCAGACGUUUUACCGACAUUGCGCUCGCAACUGGCAAGAGAUGAUCUUCUUCGAUGGUCGCUAUUGCUUGUGGUUAUCUCGUAUGCAGCGCUUAAUUUUGCGUUCCUCAUCAAGUACAGGUGGUUAGCUUAG